GGGAGCAGGGGGAGGGGCUGAUAUCCCAGAAGCGGCUGCGGCAGCGGUUGCGGAGCCGGUGUGAGGCGGCUGACUGGGUUGCGGGCCCCCGCAGGGCGCGGCGAGAUGGAGGUGACGGGGUUGUCGGCGCCUACAGUGAACGUUUUCAUCAGCAGCUCACUCAACAGCUUUCGCUCCCAGAAGCGGUACAGUCGCAGCCUCACCAUAGCUGAGUUCAAGUGUAAACUACAGCUGGUUGUGGGCAGCCCUGCUUCUUGCAUGGAAUUGGAGCUGUAUGGACCUGACGACAAAUUCUACAGCAAGCUGGAUCAGGAGGAUGCACUGCUGGGCUCUUAUCCCGUAGAUGACGGCUGUCGCAUCCAUGUCAUUGACCACAGCGGUGCCCGUCUUGGGGAGUAUGAGGACAUGUCCAAGGUGGAGAAAUACGAGAUCUCACAAGAAGCCUAUGACCAGAGGCAAAACUCAGUCCGCUCCUUCCUGAAGCGCAACAAACUAGGCCGAUACAGUGAAGAAGAGCGGGCACAGCAGGAGGCUGAGAGCUCCCAGCGCCCUACCGAGGAGGCCCAGGCCGGUGCCAUCCCCGUGGGCAGCCGCUGUGAGGUGCAGGCACCUGGGCAGCCCCCUCGCCGGGGCACCGUCAUGUAUGUAGGACUUACAGAUUUCAAGCCUGGCUACUGGAUCGGUGUCCGCUAUGAUGAGCCGCUAGGGAAAAACGAUGGCAGUGUGAAUGGGAAACGCUACUUUGAAUGCCAGGCCAAGUACGGCGCCUUCGUCAAGCCAUCCGUUGUGACAGUGGGGGACUUCCCCGAGGAGGACUACGGUUUGGACGAGAUGUGAUGCCCAAGGAAGGGCACCCCCCUGCUCCAGCUUAACUCACCUACUUAUUGCCCUUCCCUGUGUGUGUCCAUGGCCCUCUCCCCAUGACCCCAUUUUUAUUUUAUUCUCUUGACCCUCGCCAUUGACUUUUGAGACACAUGUAUUAAAUUUGCCGGAAACCUGGGAA